GUUUGAUGCAAACACGUAUAAAAAUGGAAGUUGUUGAUGAUUUACUCGAAUUAGCUUGGGCAGUAUUGUGGAAUAUAGCAGGUAAAACAGCUGAGAAUUGUCGAAAAUUUAUUCAAGAUAAUAACGGUCUGCAAGCAUUUGUAGAUUAUUUAACAGUGUUUGAUGAAAGACUUGAUGGUGUAAAAAAUGGAAAUCUUGCUGAAGUAAAAGAAUUAGGCUGUUAA